AUGCUAUCCAAGUUAUUCCGGUAUGACACGAAACUUCAGGGGAAGCAGGAACUCAGUACCGCUGAUCACAGGUCGUUACUUGAGCUUAGUAUGACAGACAACAUUACAUCCGUAGAGAUUCCGCAGUACAGGGUGCGGGGGACGUUUGUUGAGUAUGUGAUUGAGUGCACAAAACGAAACAUGACGUGGCAGGUGUUUCGGCGUUACCAGCAAUUUAAGGCACUUGACCAGAGUCUGAAACAACUAUGCUCACGCGGAUCCUCAAGGCACUGUGACUACGGGGUCAUUCCUGUCCUCUGCGGUAGCCACUGGACGGAAGUAACUAACCAGUCAAUCGACCUCGUAGAAAAACGGCGGAGGCACUUGGAAAUUUACCUCCGCCAGUUGCUCGUCCCGGGGAAUGUAUUUUAUGUUGCUAAAACCGUGAUUUACGAUUUUCUUCACGAUGGCGCGGUUCCUGCGCAGCACCAAAGGAGGGCCAUACGACCGCUAAUUGGCUUUGCAACGCCAGACUCGUUGGCAGACCUCCACUUGGAAAACAGGAACGGCGAAGGGAGUGCGAGCCGGUUAGGGGCGGCCUCAACUCUCAACGAUAAAUCGAUUUCUAUGCUUGGGCCAUCUGCUGUUGGUGAAAGUGAUCGAGUGGAUGAUGGUGUCGGGGACGAAGAAGAGGAGCCCUGCAAAUCACCUCCAGGAGAGACCGUAGAGAGCGGUGAGGAAUGUGAAGAUUUACCAUCAGCUGACAACAGUGAAGCUGAGGACGUGCGUGUGCCGCCACCAGGCUCCUUGUGCAGGCAAUGUAACGCUGAGUUUUCUUCUGUGCUGUAUCCGCAUCGUUGUUUCUUCUGUAGGCAACAGUUUUGUCGCGACUGUUUGCACCCAGUCGAACUUGAAGAAGGAGAGGUCGCUAGAUCAUGUGUUCAAUGUUAUGAAAACUUUGCUCGAAAGACCUGUAAACCCCAAUAUCCCCCAACUCCCAUGGCUUCAACACCAAUACUUCAGUGCGCACCUGCUGGUGGUGCGUUGGACCCGUUGAACUUACUCGGUAGUACGUCCCACGUGCGAACAGAUGUAACACUUUCUGACUUUAAGUUAGUUACAACUGUGGGACGUGGCACGUUUGGCAAAGUGAUGAAAGUUAUCUUUCGUGAAGAUGGCAAGGUUUAUGCUAUGAAAGUGCUCAACAAGUGUGUUAUUCACAAGCGGCGAAUGAUCGAGUACAUCAGGGAGGAGAAGAAUAUCAUGUCCUCUUUACCCUCGCAUCCGUACAUUGUAACAUGUCACUUCGCAUUUCAGACUGACUACCAUCUUUUCUUCGUACUGGACUACCUCCCUGGUGGAGACAUGCACUCGCGUGUUUACCCUAAACUCAAACUAACUGAAUCGGAUGUCCGUUUGUAUAUUGCUGAACUUGUACUCGCACUCCAACAUCUGCACCGUCACGACAUUGCCCAUCGUGACGUCAAGCUCGAAAACAUUGUCUUGGGAGAAGACGGACAUCUUAAACUGACAGAUUUUGGGCUGGCACGCAUGAAUUUCUCACGGCAACGCCGUCGCAGUUUUGUGGGGAGUCCGGAGUACCUUCCGCCAGAAACGAUUCAGGGGAAGUACCAAACGAAGGCUGUGGAUUGGUGGAGUGCGGGGGUCAUGCUGUACGAAAUGCUGAGUGGGAAGACGCCGUUUUACUCGGCGUACAAUUGUGAAAUCUACAACAAUGUGUUGAAGGCGGAGUUGGACCUCACAGCCCCGUGUUUCACGCCAGAGGCCGCCUCACUCAUUGAACAACUGCUUCAAAGCCAUCCAAAAGCAAGGUUGCAAGACGCAGGGGCAAUAAAGGCUCAUCCUUACUUUGCAUCAAUCGAUUGGGCUGCUCUCGAAGGUAAAAAAAUAUCUGCCCCCAUACAGCUUGAUCUUAUGGGAAAUGAUAUGAAAUACAUCAAAUGGAAGUUCACGGCGGAGUGGGCUGUUAUAUACAAACCUCCUGGAGUGACACGUGCUACAAUUGACCUUUUGAUUAAUCGCUUUAGUAACUUUGCUCAUGUGAGCGAGGGGACGCCGCCCACGCCGCAUCUGCCGAUAGGGCAGCAGCAGGAAGAGGUAUCUGACGGAGUGACAAACCCACCGGAUAUAACCGGCGUUUGGAAUGUUGUCAAGGUAGAGAUGCAAACGGAGGAUGGAAAGAUCACGCAUCCUUGGGGAAGUGCAGUGUGUGGAGUGCUAGCGUACUUCCCAGAGGGUCAGUUCAGCAUGCAGCUUACAUCAUAUAUGCGUCCACAUUUGCGGCAACAGUUCGUGGAUCGUGCCGUGAGAGAGGAUCUGGUAGAAAUGUGCAACUCGUACGCGGGCAGUUUCGGAAAGUAUCAGAUCAAGCCAGGGAGCAAUAUCAUUACUCACAGGCUUCACGGCUGCCUCUGUCCGAAUCUUACAGGAAGUACACAAAAGUAUUUUUUUGAGGUUCGUGAGAGGAAAGAAAAUGGGGCUAAAGUGUUGAAACUUUUUACCGCGUGUAACGCGCUCCCAGGUGAAGACAUCUCCGCACAAACCGUCCUCACAUGGGAACGGACGGGUUCCUGCUAA